AUGGGGCUGUCCAUGGCAGCCAUCCGUGUGAGCACCUUGGAGAUCCUGGAGUCUCGCUCCACGAAGAUUCUCUUGGCCGUGGAGUGCCUCAAGAUGGGCCAGAAGGCAUGCACGGCCGACAGCAAUGGAAUUUUUGGCCCUGGCAAUAGGGGCAAGAACAACUUUGGCACGAAGAACGUUGGGAAUGAUAAUGUCGGUGAGCUCUGA